AUGUCUGUUGAUUUAUCCACUUCCAUCGCUGGUGUCAAGCUUCCCAACUUGUUCUUCAAUGCUUCAGGUGUUUGGUGCCAACAAGAAGCCGAAUUGACCGAAUUGUUGAACAGCGAAUCGGGAUCGCUCAUUACCAAGUCGGCUACCUUUGAACCUCGUGAAGGCAACCCCAGCCCUCGUUAUCUUCCUUUGGAGCAUGGCAGUAUCAACUCGAUGGGUCUUCCAAACGAAGGAUACGAAUACUAUCUUGAAUACGCCAAAAAGUACGAUUACAACAAUGCAAAGCCUCUCUUUAUCUCGUUGUCUGGUUUGAAGCUCGAAGACAACAUCCAAAUGGUGACCAAGUUUGUGGAAGCUGAUCUCCCUUGCAUUCUCGAAGUCAACUUUUCAUGCCCCAACGUUCCUGGCAAGCCACAAUUGGGUUAUGAUAUGGAAGGCAUGGCAAAGGCUCUCCGUACAUUGGCACCCAUCAUCAAAAAGCCAUUCGGUAUCAAGCUCCCUCCCUACUUUGAUAUCGUCCAUUUCGAUCAAGUCGCCGAGAUUUGCAACAGCGUCGAUAACUUGGCCUUUGUGACAUGCGUCAAUUCGGUUGGUAAUGGUCUUGCUAUCGACUUUGAAACCGAAACUGUUGCUAUCAAGCCCAAGGAUGGUUUUGGUGGUCUUGGUGGUCAAAUGAUUCUCAACACUGCUCUUGCCAACGUCAACGCCUUUGCUCGUCGUCUCAAGAAUGGAAAGCAAGUCAUCGGUGUAGGUGGUGUCACUUCUGGCAAGGAGGCUUUCUUGCAUGUAUUGGCUGGUGCCAGUGCCGUUCAAAUCGGUACUCAACUCAAGGAGGAAGGCCCUCAAUUCUUUGCUCGUGUCAAGAAGGAAUUGGAAGACAUCAUGGUUGCCAAGGGAUACAAGUCGUUGGAUGAUUUCCGUGGCAAGGUCAAGACUUUGUAA